UGGGAGCUGCGGGAGCAGCGGUCGCAGCUCAGUUCUCGCUCACCCAGCCGCCUGGGUGGGAGCAAGGCCAGAGGAGCCACCGUCCCACGCCACCCCCGUGCUCCCUGGACCUGCCCCGCGGGAGCUUCCUGACGCUAGUCCUCUGGAGUGAGGAGGGCCCUGCAGGUGUCAGAGCCGAGGGCUAGGGAGGGUGGCGCGCAUGGCCUCGGCAAGCGCGCGGCGGCUCCCAGUCAGGACGCGCGCAGCGGCCCAGCGCUGCUGCGGCCUCCCGCUCCGCCCGGGAGCCCGCCCGGCCCCAGCCCCGCCCCCGGGCCCUCCAAGACCGCGGCGACCAAUGAGAUUUCUGAUUUCCGGCAGCCUCCUCUUGCCCCGGGCUGCCCAAGUCUUGGCGGCUGAGGCUGGCUUACCUCCCAGCCGUUCCUUCAUGGGCUUUGCUGCCCCCCUCACCAACAAGAGAAAGGCUUACUCCGAGCGUAGGAUCAUGGGGUACUCAAUGCAGGAGAUGUUCGAGGUGGUAUCCAAUGUCCAGGAGUACUGCGAGUUUGUGCCUUGGUGUAAGAAGUCUUUGGUGGUAUCCAGCCGCAAAGGUCACCUGAAGGCCCAGUUGGAGGUUGGCUUUCCACCUGUGGUGGAACGUUAUACCUCUGCUGUUUCCAUGGUCAAACCUCACAUGGUCAAGGCUGUUUGCACUGAUGGCAAACUCUUCAAUCACUUAGAGACCAUAUGGCGAUUCAGCCCUGGUAUUCCUGCCUACCCGCGAACUUGCACUGUGGACUUUUCGAUUUCCUUUGAAUUUCGUUCUCUGCUGCACUCCCAGCUGGCCACCAUCUUUUUUGAUGAGGUUGUCAAACAGAAUGUUGCUGCCUUCGAGCGCCGGGCAGCCACCAAGUUUGGUCCAGAAACAGCCAUCCCCCGUGAACUUAUGUUCCAUGAGGUGCACCAGACUUGAGGCAAAAGAUUGUUCCUUAGCUUCUCCUCUACUCUCUCUCCACCCAGUUCUCAUUUGGCUCCUGCUCUAACCUGAGAGAAGUCUGUGUUGAUAAUACUGUUUUUCCUCUCAAUUCUCUUAGGGCUCUAAGGUGGCUGGAAAUGCUGGAGGAGGGGAGAAGGCAGGAGGAUAUAGAAAAGACACAUGCUUAGGAAAUGGUCAGGCUUAGCUGGAGAGCCCUAUAUGCUGAUGCCUACAGCCAUCUCACAGUGCAUUAUAAUUAGUACUGUGUGGUUAUCUCUGAGCCCCAUCAAGGUACCUUAGUGUCUAAGCAGGGAAAAUAGCAAGUUUUUUCUUUAAAAAACAACACCCCACCCAAUUUUUAUUUAUUGACUUUAAAGAGAGAGAGGGAGAGAGAAACAGUUUGUUGUUCCACUUAAUUAUGCAUUCACUGCUUGAUUCUUGUAUGUGUCCUCAGCAGGGACUGAACCUGAAACCUUAGCCUAUGGGGACGAUGACACUCUGAGUUACCCAGCCAGGGUCUUGUUUUUUUAAAAAUUUUUUAUUGAUUUCAGAGGAAAGGAGAGAAACAUCAAUUUGUUGUUCCACCCAUUUAUACAUUCAUUGGUUGACUCUUGCACGUGGCCUGACUGGGGUUCGAACCUGCAACCUUUGGCCUAUCAUGAUGGUAAUUUAACCAACUGAACCACCUAUCCAGGGCACAACUUUUCUCAAGUACUGAAUAAACUGAGCCUUUUCCUCUGACACAGAGGAACUGGAAGGUCAAUUACUUCUGUUUGCCUGAAAUGCUUUGGGAGAUGCCAGAGAUCUGGCCACAGCUUGAAACAUGACUUCACUUUAAGAAUAUUGCCACGCUAGUGGAGAGCCUGGGGCUUUCUUAUCAUCAGUGCCAUGGGAUGAAGACAAAAACAAAAACA